AUGAUGCUGGGAAGCAAUAAUUGUCCUAAAGCGGGAUCUGAUUGGAUAAAGUUUAAGGGUGGAAAGGCGCUUCAAAUUGUGUUUAUUAGAAUUAAUGUCGACGAUGAUCAAGUGUUAAAUCUCUCCGGCACGCCUUUUAUGCAAGGAUAUUUCAAACACUGGAUCAAACUCAAGCCAGGAAAACCAAACAGAACUAGAUUUUGGCAAACUGUUUCUACAGUUACUCGAUCAAAAUAUGAGAUGCUUUUACAUAAGAUAAAGACUCAAGGCGAUCCUCUUCUUCAAAUUAACAUGUCUCAACGAAAGCCUCAAAUGUUAAUGAGUUUAGAACAAAUGGUGACGUCAAAAUUCCCUUUUCCUUCUGAAUAUUUUGGCGAGCAACUUUGUAAUGGAACAAUUCGCUCAACUCGAAAAAUAUAUCAUCAAGUUUCUGAAACUUCACCAAUAUUUACUUUGGAUUGUGAAAUGUGUCAAACAUCGAUUCAACAACUCGAAUUGACUCGAAUUUCUGUGGUCAAUGAAGAUGGCGAAACAGUUAUGGAUGAAUUGGUGAAACCUCACAACAAAAUUAUUAAUUAUAUUACAUUCAAAAGUGGUAUAACCGAGAAAAUGCUUUUAAAUGUUUUUACUCGUCUAAAAGACAUUCAACACAGGCUUUGUACUUUACUGCCAGCAGAUGCAAUUCUAUGUGGACAUAGUUUAGAGAACGAUCUAAGGGCAUUGCAACUUUCGCAUCCUUAUUGUAUUGAUACCUCUCUUCUUUUUAACUUCUCUGGUCGUUUACAUAUUCGAAGUGGACUUAAAGCUUUAUCAAAAAUUUUUCUAAAUGAGGACAUUCAAGACUCAAGCAAGGGACAUUGUUCUUUACAGGAUGCUUUGGCUACAUGGAAAUUGUUGAAAUUAAAAAUUGAGAAAGGUCUUCAAUUUGGAAAUGUUGCUUUAGGAUGGAAAUUUAGUGAAUGGGCAAAAGCUAAUGGAAUGUCAAUAACUGGAUCAAAAUUAGAUGAUGGUGUGAAUUUAAAUAAUGGAGAAGUGAAAGGUGAUGAUAAUUGUUUGAGUGAAAUCAAAGAGGACGAGGCAAAAGAGGAUGUUCCCAAAGAGGAAGAACCCAAAGAGGAGGAACUCAAAAAGGGGGAAUACGAAGAGGAUGAACCCAAAAAGGAGGAACCUAAAGAGGAGGAGACCACAAUUGAAACCAAAAUAGAAGAGACUGAAGAGGUUACUACUUGUGUUGAAGCUUUUGUGAGCGACGAGUCACUACAAAAUAAUUGUGAAGGUUUAUUUAAUUUUGAAGAAGCACUACGUAUUGAAAAUGGAAUGCAAUUCAAUACUUCACUUUGUGAAUGUUUUCAUCAAAUAAAUACUGGUGGAAAGAAGUAUGCCAAGAAGAUGUUGGUUGCGAUGAAUAAUCCUAAUGAAUUUUUUUCUUCGAAUGAUUGUUGUAAAUUGGUCAAUCUUGCUCCUCCAGAAAAUUCUACCCAAACUUCUACUCAACCAACUGAUGAAACUACAAAUUUAUUAUCCUCUUCUGAAAGAAUAUCUGGCGAAUUAAUUAAUUUUGAUUAUGCUUUGGUGGAACUUUAUUGCUCCAAAGGAAUUGCAAAAUCAAAGAUGGAUCAGGCGUUUAAACUCCUCACAAAUGGAAUUUGUAAUAAUGGUUUUGUUUUAACGAUGAUGUGUUCAGGAAGCAGGUCAAUUUUGUAUGAGAAAAUUCAUAAAAGAUGA